AAACCAUCGCCCCUCCUUCAGGCCCUUCUCCGUCAACAUGUCUACACACACUCCGCCAAUCGAACACGUCGUCCUCUUCAAGGUUAAAGAUGGCGUCGAUUCCUCUAAGGUAAACGACAUGCUCACUGGCCUCAAUUCCUUAACCUCCCUUGAACAAGUCCUCCAUCUCACCGCCGCCCCCGUCCUCCGCAACUGCUCCUCCGCCUCCAACUUCACUCACCUCCUUCAUAGCCGCUACCCUUCCAAGGAGGAUCUCUCCAGCUACUCCGCCCACUCCGCCCACGUGGACGUUGUCAAGCAAUUUGUUCUUCCUAUCUGCGAUGACAUCAUGGCCGUCGAUUGGGUCGCCGAUGCUUUGCAAGGCCCCGUCGCCGCACCUCCUGGCUCUGCCCUUAGAAUCACCUUCCUCAAACUCAAGGAGAAUCUGGCGGAGGAAGUUAAGAACGAGAUCUUGGAGGUCAUCGCAGGUCUGAGGGAGAAAUUGGGGCCCAAUGUCCAGUUGACGGUGGGCGAGAACUUUUCCCCGGGCAGAGCCAAGGGGUAUUCGAUCGCUUCGAUUGCCAUUUUCCCGGGGCCGAAGGAGUUGGAAGCGGCGUCUUCAGACCCAGAAAUGGUUGAAUUGCAUAAAGAGAAGGUCAGGGAGCAUUUGGAGAGUGUGAUUGUGGUGGAUUACGUGGUUCCGCCGGCGCAAACCGCGAGUCUCUAAUCCCA